CGACUGUCCUAAACAUCUGGGGACCUAAUGCAAAACUUUAUGAAGGUGCCCCUGUCACUGUGCUCAUAUAAUAAUUUUAUUUAUUUAUUUUUACAAAUCGCACAAGAUCUGGUCUGUUAGUCACACCAGUUCAUGUGUGUGUGCAUAAGUUUGUAUGUAUGAGUUGACAGCAAUUUGAUUGACAGCAGUGGUUCUUGAGGCACAGUUGUUCAAAAUAAGGAGAUCUACAAUUUGAUAUAAAGAAUUUGUGUUUGUGGGAAACAUCACAUGAUAUAAAAUCCACACACAAAACAAAAUGUGAUGGUGCCUCCCAAUGACCGUUUGGGUUCAAAUUGAGCACAGACCUCUGGGGUCAAGAGUCAAACCGGUCCACUGAGUUUUGUUACGAUUGGCCUCUCUAAACCUUGUCUAAUCACUGAUUAUAUUAAUCUAUCAUGAAUAGAUUUAUUUAUUAUAAAUAUAGAAAUUUGCCCCGCUGCUUUGUUUACAGGUGCAGAGAGAACCAUGUGUUUGAAAUUCAGCUUGGACCUCGUACACAAAUUGCUGAAGUCUGAUACGCUACAGGAGGAGCUACAGACGAGGGGAGAGAGCUUCACCUCGAAGCUGCAGUAUCAGCGGUCAGCCACAGAGAACGUGUUCAUGACUUUUCAGCUGGACUGCCCCAAGCUGCUGAAGCUCACGGGACUGCCCGGCCGUCUCAUCGUGUCUCUGUUCGAGCACAGCUCAGUGGUGGAGCACGUGAAGAGUCCUGCUGGACAGACCUCCCCUGGUGAGAGUAAAUCUGACCAUGCAGACCCUAAGCACCAAUACUCAAGCAAUCACGCACCAUUUUGAUUGCAACUUGAAUAUUUAUUAAGAUGUACAAUAGCCUCUUUUUUUAAUGGUUAUACUCAUGAAAGUGUGGACUCAUGAAAGGUUAGGGUUGAUGUACUGAUGUUGCUGGUCAUUUAGAAUCACGAUGUGCCUAAAUGUCAGCAAGCGAGGCACGGUUCUGGAAAGUCUGGAGAAAGUAUGGAAAUUUUUUUCAUGGUGUAGAUAAAGAUGUGAAUAUUUUGCUGUCAAACUCGGAGCACUGAAGCUUUACAUUUCCUUAUUGUCUGUUCAAAUGCAGCCUCCGUAAGUAAUGUAAGAAUCGAAUAAUUGCUCAAGCCAAAAAAAAAGUUUCCUAUUUCAUUGAGAACCAUGCAGCCCUUAGUAGAGCUCGGCUGCGUCCCUUGCAGGAGCGGCUGAGAACUGUCCGAUGUCAUUAUGCAGCAUGAGAGUGACCUCUAGAGGAGAAAUAAAAACUCAUUCUUGUUAUUUGAAGUGUUUUUUAAUUCAUUUUGGACAUCUCUAUUUUUAUUUGUUAUUUGGAGUGUGAAGGGAAAUUCUCUUAUCAUGUACUCUUAUAUUAUGAACUGCUAUCAAAUACCUAUGAUGGAUGUAUUCGUUUAAUUACCUUGUAUUCAUUUAAUAACCUCUUUAAAUAAGCUGAUCAACUGCUAUCCUUGGUUAUAUUAUGUAUUUCCAUGUCAACAUGACACAGGACUUAUUUUGUAUUAUGACUAUGUGCUGUGUGUUUUGUUUAAAUCUGUCUGACACCUGGACCAGUAGAAACGCACUGCUUCUUAUCAAUGUGUAUAAAUACUUUUGUUUUGCAUGAAAUAAACCAGAAGUCUCUGUGAACAUUCACGUGUGUCAGUGUUUGUGUGUGUGUGUGUGUGUGUGUGUGUGUGUGUGUGUGUGUCAGUGUUUGUGUGUGUGUGUGUGUGUUCAUUUGGACUCUCCAGGCCUGAACUCUGCGGUAAACCACACUUUCUAGCUCAUAGCAGCACAGAACUAAAAGUUAAUAGAAGUAAUGGUAGAACAGGCUGAUCGGGCUGAUGGAGAUCUGAAGACAUAAAUAUGAGAUUCCUGAGAUACUUGGAAAUCUAACCGAGUGCUACAUUAAAUUAAUGUUUAUUAAUAGUUAAUAUAUUAUAUUUCAUUUUAAAAUGUGCAGUACAUUUUUCAUGGUUCAGACAGUACUUUAUUUUUGUAAUAAAGUUCAGGAAUAUUUUACUUCGAGUGUUUUCAUUCAGUAUCAGUUUUAAAACUUCUGCCCGACUUGGUUACUGGUAUCAGUAAAAUCCACUAUCGGUC